AUGGUGUCCUAUGACCCUCCCUACGGCUUCCCUCUGCGCCGAAAUGGAUCGUGUCUCAGCACUGAGACCAGCUGCGGGCGCACCUGGGACAGCUUCCAUGCCUGCUGUCCCGGCGAAUCGAUUUGUCCGGGAGCCUCGAAAGCCAUCCAGAACAACGUCUGUUGUCCCUCCGAGGCAGACUGUACCGCUCCGCUGAAAGAAUCGCCCCAUUGCGCCGUCGCAAACGCCACGAUGUUUAAUCACACCGGGUUCUUCUGCUGUCUCAGCGGGCAGACGGGCUUCUGGACGGACAGCCCGAAAGACGCCGUCGGCUGUUCGGACGGGGUGCCCGACGACCGAGGGUAUUCCAUUUUGAAUCCCAUCUCAUUUAGCGUCUCCGGGACUGCAACCAUCCCAUCCACAACAUCCACUGCCUCGGCGACCUCCGCUAGCUCCGCCCCUGCCUCCGCAACCACCACAUCCCCAUCUGACGCGUCCGAUUCAACCGGCUCCUCGAGUAACCAUGCCGGGGCGAUUGCGGGCGGCGUCGUUGGUGGUGUCGCCGGUGUCGCCAUCAUUGUCGCCCUAUUCUUAUACUUAUUUCGUCGGCGACAAAAGAGCCAGUCCAUUCCACCACAGGCUGGCGAGGCUGCAGCGGUCCACCCUUAUCAGAAUUUAUCUCCCGGAGAACUGCAUGGGCACACUGCGCCGGCAGAGCUGGAUAACAUGAAGGACCAUCAGAUUCACGAGUUGCCCGCCGAAAGAUAA